GCAAAGUGACAGAGCGCCAGAUCUAACGCGCGCGGCGUUUUGUUUUGCUUUGAGUUUUUAUUAUUAUUAAGACGAUUUCUUCAGUCGCAUCUUGGCUGAAACCUGCCGAGGUGUUCUUUCUCUUUCUCGCCUGCGCCGGGACUGAAGGAUGACGGCCACCAAGGAGCAGCAGAGCCAGAGAGCAAACCCGCAGCAGGACGAGGAUCUGGGUGGGGUGAGUCCUCCUCAGAGGAACUGGAAGGGGAUAGCCAUUGCUUUGCUGGUCAUUUUGCUGGUCUGUUCGCUCAUCACCAUGUCUGUCAUCCUCCUCACACCAGCGGACACUCUGGCUGGCAGUGACACUAAGUUGACAGUGGAGGAUCUGUUUGGUCCUGAUUUCUACGUACACGAUCCUGAGGCACACUGGAUCAACGAAUCAGAAGUCAUCUACAGGAACCGCAAUGGCCAUGUCAUCAGGUUCAACAUUCUCACUAAUGAAACAGAGAUUAUCCUGAAGAACAGCACAUUUGUUGCUUUUAAAGCCACUAAGUACUCAAUAAGCCCGGACAUGAAGUAUGUGCUUUUUGCAUAUGAUGUUAAACAGGUUUACCGGCACUCAUUCACAGCUUCCUACAUCAUCUAUAAUAUUCACACCAGGGAGGUGUGGGAGUUGGACCCUCCAGAGGUGCUUAACUCCAGGUUGCAGCACGCUGCGUGGGGGGUGCAGGGUCAGCAGUUGGUGUACAUCUUUGAGAAUAAUAUAUAUUACCAGUCAGACGUGAGGAGUAACUCCCUCAGACUAACUUCUUCGGGGAAGGAAGGCGUUGUGUACAACGGCAUCGCUGACUGGCUUUACGAAGAGGAAAUUCUGCAUACGCAUGUGGCUCACUGGUGGUCUCCUGAUGGUGAACGUUUGGCGUUCCUGGUGCUGAAUGACAGUCUGGUGCCCAACAUGGUGCUGCCCACCUUUACAGGAGACACAUACCCCAAAGGCAAACAAUAUCCAUACCCUAAGGCAGGUCAGCCCAACCCCAUGGUCAAACUGUUUGUGGUAAAUCUUUACGGACCAACGCACACUCUGGAACUCACACCCCCUGAUGGCCUCAAACUCAGGGAACAUUAUGUGGUGAUGGUGAAGUGGAUAAGUAAGACUAAGACUGCCGUCAGGUGGUUGAAUCGAGCUCAGAACAUUUCUAUCCUGACUGUGUGUGACUCCACCACUGGAGCCUGCAUCAAGAGACAUGAGGAGACAUCAGAGCUCUGGCUCUCCAAGCAGAACCAGGAGCCUUUCUUUUCGCAAGAUGGCAGUCGCUUUUUCCUGGCCGUUCCAGUAAAGCAGGGUGGCCGUGGAGAUUUUCACCACAUUGCAAUGUUCACCACCCAGGUUAGGGCGGAUCAAAACGAGGUGCGUCACCUGACGUCAGGUAACUGGGAAGUGACAGAGAUUGUGGCCUAUGAUGAAAACUCCCAGACCAUAUAUUUCUUAAGUACUGAAGGGUCACCAAGAAGACGACAGUUGUUUAGUGUGUCCACGGUUGGUUUGUUCCCACGACGAUGUCUGACCUGUGACCUGAAUAAAGCUCACUGCACUUUCUUCAGUGCCGACUUCAGCCCAACACAUCAGCACGUCAUACUGCACUGUAAAGGACCGGGAGCCCCCACAGUGAUCCUCCACACACUUAACACAGCCAAUUAUUUCAUUCUGGAGAAUAACUCACUUCUCAAAGCUGCUCUGAGGUACAAGAGGAUCCAGCUUACUGAAUAUAAAUCCCUGCAGACUGACCGCUUUGACCUCCCUCUGAAGAUUGCUCUCCCGCCUGACUUCUCCGACUCACGCCAAUAUGGACUGCUGCUUAUGAUAGACAGUGGCCCUGGUGGUCAGCAGGUGGAUGACCGAUACUCAGUAGAUUGGGACUCUGUGCUGGUCAGCUCUGAUAACAUCAUUGUGGCUCGUCUGGACGGCAGGGGCAGUGGAUUCCAGGGUCAAAAGGUUCUACAGGAGGUGCACAAACGUCUGGGAGUGGUGGAGGUCCAGGACCAACUCGCUGCUUUGGAAUACCUGCUGAAAUUUCCAUACAUAGAUCAGACCAGGAUAGGAGUGUUUGGCCGGGGUUAUGGAGGAUAUGUAACACUCCUGCUGGUGAAAUCUACUGAAAGUUUGUUUAAAUGUGCUGUGGCCAUGUCACCAGUGACUGACUGGACUUUACAUGCCUCAGCAUUCUCAGAGCGCUACCUGGGAACUCCUUUACAGGAUGAUAGCAGAUAUCAGUCCUCCAGUGUGCUACAGAAUGUCAAGGGCUUUAAAGACCAGACUCUGAUGCUCGUACAUGGAACUGCAGAUGCAAACAUUCACUUCCAGCACUCAGCCGAGCUCAUCAAGAGCCUGGUGAAGGUGGGAGCCAACUACACAAUGCAGAUUUACCCGGAUGAAGGUCACUUCCUGUCAGAGCGGAGUAGGCAACAUCUCUCAGCAUCUCUCAGCAGCUACUUCAGAUCCUGCCUGCAAGAGGAGACCCUGCCACUCAGUGACGAGGAAGAGGAGGAGGAAGAGUAGAGAGGAGAGUGUACCUACAGCAGGACCUUUACAUACACACACCCACACACACACACACUUGCACAGACACACCUCUGCCCACACACACUCCCCGGCACUCUUUUGGAUCUCACUUUACAGAGGCCUGCGACUCUGAACUGACAGAGAGAAAGAUUUUAGACAAAAAGCGAGAGUGUGUAGUGUGUGUGAGUGUGUGUUGUGCAAGUGUGUGUGCUGUGUGUAUGUGAGUGCGUGCGUGUUUGAGUGAAUGGUUAGGUAUGUGUAUAUAUGCAUGUGGGUACAUGUUUUGGUGUUUAGACUAUUUGGAUGUAUAGGCUGUGUCUGAGAAGCGAGCGAGUGUGUGUAUGCUUUUGAGUGUUUGUGUGUACCUGCGACCAUGAACAGUGGACGUUUGUCACUGGAAAAUGGAUUCGGUUGCCAGGACGACGUCAGAAUCCUUCACAUAUCAGAAUAUCACUGAGAUCUUAAGCUGGACGUUUCUUGAUCGAGCCAGUCUCAGCACAGACUUUUAUGAUUGAUCCUUGGUUCGGCCAAUCAAAGCGCAGACUGUCCUGUCCGCAUGGAGCUGCUCCAGUCACACAGCUGCAUGUUUUUUUUUUCUUCUGUUCCCCCCGUCUUUGUGCGGUAGAUGUCAGGACAAGAGAGCUGCACUUCGUCUGUUACUGCACAAGAAAAUGCUCACUGUCUCCAUGGCAACCGUUCUCACCAAGAGGAAGUGCAGUUCCCAUCAAUUAGCCCUAAACCACACGGAGGAUGAAGCUGCUGGGUAUACUCUCUUUCACACACACACACA